AUGAGGAAGAUCAAUAACAAGAUUGAUGCGGGACAGGGGAAUUUGCUACCGGACGAGUGUAGGUAUCUGGUUCCUGCUGAUCUGACUGUUGGACAGUUUGUGUAUGUUGUGAGAAAGAGAAUCAAGCUGAGCCCUGAGAAGGCCAUCUUUAUCUUCGUCAAAAACAUUUUACCUCCGACUGCUGCUAUGAUGUCUGCAAUUUAUGAGGAAAAUAAGGAUGAAGAUGGUUUCCUGUACAUGACUUACAGCGGGGAGAACACGUUCGGGAUGAUGGAAUAAUACCUAACAGCAGCCAUGUGUAUACCAACUUUCAGAAGGAAUAAGCGACCUCGAACUAGUUAGCUCUAGUUGUAAAUUCUCCGGUUUGAAUUAUUUCUCCUGAAGUUGCUAAUGUGUAUGAUGACUAUCUUUAUGAAUACCAAAACUUGAGAACUCUGUUCAUUCCUAAUCCUAAACGGAUGAAAUUUGUAUAGUUCAAUUGGGUUUAAUCUCUGAUCAUGAGA